AUGUCGUCCUUCAGCCCAACCCAGAUCUUCGAGGAAGGCACCACCGAAGAGAAGGGCGAGAAUGCUCGGUUGACAGCCUUCGUCGGCGCCAUCGCCGUUGGUGAUCUGGUCAAGAGCACUUUGGGACCGAAAGGCAUGGACAAGAUCCUGCAGUCUGCGUCCACGGGUGAAAUCAUGGUCACAAAUGACGGUGCUACUAUCCUCAAGUCCAUCGCUCUCGACAACGCCGCCGCGAAAGUACUAGUCAAUAUCUCCAAGGUGCAGGACGACGAGGUCGGGGAUGGAACCACCUCGGUGGCAGUCCUGGCAGCGGAGCUUCUCCGCGAGGCCGAGAAACUGGUUGACAAGAAGAUCCACCCCCAGACCAUCAUCGAAGGCUACCGGAUAGCAAGCAGUGCCGCGCUGCGCGCCCUCGAGCAGUCAGCCGUAGACCACAGCAAGAGCCCCGAUGCGUUUAAGAAGGACCUCAUAGCGAUCGCAAGGACAACCCUUAGCUCCAAAGUUCUUGCCCAGGAUCGUGACCAUUUUGCAAAGCUUGCUUGUGAGGCCGUCUUACGGCUGAAGGGCUCUUCUGAUCUCAGCCACAUACAGAUCAUCAAGAAGGCGGGCGGCAAGUUGAGCGACUCAUACCUAGAUGAAGGUUUCAUCCUGGACAAGAAGAUUGGCGUCAACCAGCCGAAGCGUCUAGAAAAGGCCAAGAUUCUCGUGGCGAACACAUCUAUGGACACAGAUAAGGUCAAGAUAUUUGGCGCCCGAGUCAAGGUCAGCUCCACAAGCAAGCUGGCAGACCUAGAGAAGGCAGAAAAGGAGAAGAUGAAGGCGAAAGUCGAGAAGAUCAAGGCGCACGGUAUCAACUGCUUUAUAAAUCGGCAGCUCAUCUACAAUUGGCCGGAGCAGCUCUUCACCGACGCUGGCAUCAUGUCGAUCGAGCAUGCCGACUUUGACGGCAUAGAGCGUCUGGCUCUGGUUACGGGAGGAGAAAUAGCGUCGACUUUUGACCACCCGGAGCAGGUGAAGCUGGGACAAUGUGACCUCAUCGAGGAGGUUAUUAUCGGCGAAGACACUCUCAUCAAGUUUUCUGGCGUGGCCGCCGGCCAAGCUUGCACAAUUGUGCUCCGUGGAGCCACAGAGCAGUUGCUGGAUGAGUCGGAGCGCAGUCUGCAUGAUGCUCUUGCUGUCUUGUCACAGACUGUCAAGGAGCCUCGCACGACACUUGGUGGAGGAUGUGCGGAAAUGCUUAUGGCGAAGGCGGUUGAGGGAGCUGCCACACGUGUGGAGGGCAAGAAGCAGACUGCCGUUGCAUCCUUUGCUGUGGCGCUUCGACAACUUCCUACGAUUCUCGCGGACAAUGCAGGUCUAGACUCGGGCGAACUUGUCGCUCGGCUGCGCAAGGCCAUCUACGACGGCAUGACAACCUACGGGCUGGACCUGAUGACGCCGGGUGGAGGUGUUGCGGACAUGCGGGAUCUGGGCGUGAUUGAGAGCUACAAGUUGAAGAAGGCGGUGGUGUCAUCGGCAAGUGAAGCCGCUGAGCUUCUUUUGAGAGUAGACGAUAUCAUUAGAGCCGCGCCCAGACGGCGCGAGAGGCACUGA